GUCAGGACAGAGCACGCGUCUGAUUUUUUAGUCAAAAUGGAAAAACAAAUUUAUUUCAAAACUUUAUUUCUUUUUGUGAUUUUCUGUGAAGAAAUUGCAUCCCUAUCAGAUAAUUAUACCAUUUCAGAUGAGUCAUCGGAUUAUCUUGUCCGUAAGAAACGUUUAAUCGAUAGAACACCGGAUGGAAAUAGACCGGUGUCAAUUCAACAAGUAUAUUAUAUCGUUAAUCUGGAAGAAAAUGGAUUACAUGUAUGCGCUGGUAGUAUACUCUCAGAGUUUGUUAUUAUAACUGCCGCUCACUGCCUUGACCGUCCUGCAAGGUACACAGUUCGAUCUGGCUCAGCACACGUAAAGCGUGGAUUAUCUCACAAUAUCAUAAGAAUAUUAAGAUACCCAAGAGCUCGUCCGUUUACAUUUCAAAGUGAUUUUACACUGCUUACCAUUGAGCCAUCUAUCAAUUUGGUACAUUCUCCUAAUCGGCAAAUAAACAUCUAUAAUGGACAUAUACCACCAAAUACUCUUCUUUUAACUAGUGGCUGGGGGCUUGCCCUAAAACGUGCUGGUAUGGAUUGCUUCAACGGUAGGUCAACGACAAUGGGCUUUCCAAAACAUUUGCGAUCAAUCACUUUGCCUACAAUCAGUACGGAGGAGUGUCGAAAUGAACAUGAUGGAGACCACGCAAUUACAGACGAAGUAAUUUGUACUUUUGAUACAUCUGGACAAAAACGAUGUGGUGUUGGUGAUGGUGGCAAUCCUCUGGUGAUGAAUGGUCAACUGGUUGGUCUUAUGGGAUGGAACGCGCCCGGCAGUCCUAAUAUUUUUGUUAACUUGGCUUAUCCCGAAUACAGACUCUGGAUCCUUUCAAACCUUCCACAUCCACACUCUGCACCUCAUCCACAUCAAAGCAAUCCACUACCAAGCCCAGACAGCUUAACAAGUUCACACAGUUCAUCAAACUCACGCAAUACUUUCAGUCCUAAAAGUACUAGUCCACGUCUUAGGGAAUACCAGGGACAUGAUGUCCAUUUUGGAUACUGAUCAAAUGGAAUAAUU